AUGUUGUAGGGAAAGAAUGUUAUUCUAAUUAUUUUGUAUUUCAACCGAAAGGCCUGUAGAUCCUGUAGAUCAAUUAAACAGUGAAAUAAACGGUACUUGGUUGAACCAUAUGUGUAUGUUACAUAUGUACAAAAUUAUACCAUUUUUUUUAUAUUUGACCUUAUACCAUGGACUUGGGUAUUGAGAACUAUACCGGGGAUGAAGUAAUCGUAACACAUUUUGGCAAAAAUUUUUGCAUUAAAAUUCCUAGAAAAAAAGAUGGCAUUAACAACAAUGAAAUUCUACAAAAAUUCAAUAUGCCAAAUUUGCUGGGUUUGUUUAGGAAGGAUAUGCUUGAUGAUUUAAAAUGUAAUCUUGAUCAAAUAGUAGCUUUAGAUUUUUCUGAAUGUGGGUUACAUGAUUUACCCCAACAACUUUGCACUCCUAACCUUAAACAUUUGAAUUUAGCUCACAACAAGCUCAAAGAAAUGCCUCUAUGCCUGUAUAGUGGAAAAAUGAAUAAGAUAGAAUAUCUAGAUUUAUCAAAUAAUUUUCUUACAUCAUGUGAUGAGGAACCAGAUUGUGUUCUACAACUGAAGAAAAUAAACCUAAGCUCUAAUUGUCUGGAGAAUUUACCAGCUUGGUUUUUGGAAUUUCGCUGCACUAACCUAGAAGAAUUAGAUUACAGUGAAAACAAAGCCAAACAUUUCUCUUUUUUAAAAAAUAGUACAAACUUAACGCUUAUGAAAAUCUCUAAAUUGAAACUAAAAAAUUCAUGCCUAAUUGACACAGAUUUUGCUCUUUUAAAAAAAUUUCGUUAUUUGGAAUAUUUGGAUAUAAGUAAUACAAGUAAUUGUAUCAGUGAUAACUACAUAAAUAAUUUCAAAGAAAUUCAGCAAUUGUUUCAAAACAAUCUUUGGGAAAGAAUGAAAAUACUAAAUCUGGCAUUUCUAAAUAUUUCAUUUUUUCCAGAAGAUAUUUUUCGCCUUGAAAAUCUCAGAGAACUUCACUUAAACAAUAAUAACAUAUCAUGGCUAACAGACGGUUUGAAACUUUUAAUCAACCUACAAAUCUUAGAUAUUUCCAACAAUGGACUUUUAGUUUUGUCGAAUGAAAUUGUACAUCUGAACAAUCUUAAGAUUUUGAAAGCUUCUCAUAAUUAUUUAGAGGAGCUCCUGGGCCUACCUCCAUACUUGGAAACAUUGGAUUUAUACAAUAACUGUUUGGAAAAUCUAAAUCAUAUAAAUAUAGAUAGUUUGAACUCUAUAGAUUUAGAAUUAAAUUAUAUAGAACUAAUAAACUGUUCUGAAUAUGAAUACAAAAGGGACUAUUACAGAAACUCUAAUUGUUGUCAAGACAGAGAACAAGGUGCAAAAAUAAGAACAUCUGUUAGUUCUCAUUCAGUUUGGUCGUCUUGUGAUCUGGAAAGUGAAACUUCAGAACUGUCCAAUACAAACUUACAGUAUUUAAAUGUAGUGGAAGAAAAUUGGGAUGAUGAAGAGGUUGAAAAUGUAGUGCAGUUUUCAGAUAUAACUCCUUCAGAUGACGAGUGGGAUGGUGAUGAUAAAAUAAAACAAAAUUGUUGUAUUAAAAAAUCUUUUGUUCAAAAAAAUGAGGACUGGAUAUUUGUUGAUGCAGAUUAACAUAAUAUUUUUAAAGUUAUUUUGUUUAUUUGUGAUAUACAAUAUAUUUAGCAGGGGCGGAACUGUGAGUUUUUAUUGAAAAUCAUUUUUUAAAGUGUUGUUAGAAAAUCUCUGUGGUGUAUUUAGCAACACCGCGGGCCGACCAAAAAGUUAGUCUCAGCCGGUGUAUCCAAGAGGCAACGACGUUUUCACGUGCGGUACCGUUGUGAAAUAAAGAACCUUUAUUUUUGUGAUAUUAAAGUGGAAGUAAUUAACUUUACUGUUUUCUUUCGAAAACCCAGUCCGCCGACAUAUCAAUCUCCUAAUUUUAGCAAGUUAUUUUAUUAUUGUUAACAUAAUUUUUUUGUGGUACUAACCAGCGCGACAUAAAUAUGUACUUGUAUGAGUCACAAAAUCAGUUGACAAAAUGUUAUUUGAAUACCGUGAAAAAGUAUUUCAGUUUCUAUUGUUGUUUAAAGUGAAAUUUAUUUGUCGGUUCUUUCUUGAAAUGCGCCCCAUGAUAUUCUUUAAGUAUAGUUGCAAACAUAUUGUGUUUUAAUAAAGUAACAAGCCUCUCACUUUUCAAGGCAUUAUGAUAUAUGGUCCUAAUAAAUUAUUUUUUAUUCUAAUUGCUUUAUUAUUUGAUAAUUCUUAGAAUGGGAACACAAAUAUUUCAGAUUGAAAUAAUAAUUAUUUUGAGCAUUCAGGUAAGUAAU